AUGUUGUCGCAAAAACGUGGACCGCAGAGUUGUUGCGGACACGUUUUUUUAGUCGUCGCAUUUUUUCUCGCGAUUCCCGCGACGGCAAAAUAUGAACCGCCGAGCGAUUGCGUUUGGUCUUCCGGUAACGAAACGACGAGUAGUAAAAUGACCGUGUCGUGCACAUAUAAAAACUUAGACGUGAACGGUUUGACCUCUUUGCAACCGGAUGGAAUCCUUCGACUCACGGUUACGUGUCGGGAAAACGUUUUUCACGAGAGUUUCGUUCCACCCGCUGUGAACAGGCUCCUUCACUUGGAAGAAUUGACUUUGGAUUCAUGUAAAAUUCUCAAGUUGCUUCCCAUCGGUUUCGACGGACUCAGAGAAUUGAGAAAAUUAUCAGUGCACACGAGAAAUUCGGAUUGGUCGCAGGGAAAAGUUUUAGACGUGUCGGAGGGUUCGCUAUCCGGUUUGAAAGAACUUCACGUAUUGGAUUUGGGUUGGAGUAACAUAAAAGCCAUACCCGACGAAGUUUAUUGUCCUCUCGUAAAUCUUCAAACUUUAAAUUUAACGAGAAACCGAAUUAGGGAUGUGAAUAAAAUUGGAUUCGGUACGAGGAUAUCGAGGGAAUCCUCGUCCUCCUCAUCCUCUGUCGCCGAAUGUUCCGGUGGGAUCGACAUAAGACAUUUGGACGUGUCUUACAACGAUAUUAAAUUACUUAAAAACGAUUCCGAUUUGAUUAAAUUAAAAAGAUUGCAAGGUCUUUACUUGCAAAAUAACCUCUUAUCGGAAAUCGGUAGCGGCGCGUUUGCCGGAUUGUUAUCAUUAAGAGUAUUAAACAUUUCAAACAACAAUCUGAGAUCUUUACCGGAAGGUUUGUUCGUGAGUUCAAGAGAAUUACGAGAGAUAUAUUUGCAAAACAAUGGUUUGACGGAAUUGGCCGCGGGUAUAUUUCACCGCUUGGAGCAACUUUUGGUACUCGAUUUGUCCGGUAACAUGCUCACGAGCAACCACGUCGACGACGGUACAUUUCUCGGAUUAAUAAGACUGAUCGUAUUGAAUUUAUCACACAACUCUUUAAACCGAAUUGAAGCAAAGACUUUUAAAGAUCUUUUCUUUUUACAAAUCCUCGACCUUCGAAAUAAUUCCAUACAACACAUACAGGACAACGCUUUCCUUCCGUUGUACAACCUUCACACGUUGAACCUGGCCGAAAAUCGUUUGCACAACAUCGACGCUCAUCUUUUCAACGGUUUGUUCGUGUUGAGCAAACUCACGCUGAGCGGAAACAUGAUCAUAUCCAUCGAUCAGCAAGCUUUUCGCAAUUGCUCAGAUUUGAAAGAAUUAGAUUUAAGUUCGAACGCACUGGAAAAAGUUCCAGAAGCUCUGAGAGAAUUAUCAUUUUUGAAAACUCUUGAUUUGGGAGAAAAUAAAAUUAGCGGAUUUCGUAACGGGUCGUUUAAGGGUUUAUCGCAAUUGACGGGAUUGCGUUUAAUUGAUAACGACAUAGGAAACCUCACGAAAGGAAUGUUUUCCGAUCUUCCGAGUUUGCAAGUUCUCAAUUUGGCAAAGAAUAAAAUUCAACAAAUAGAACACGGCACGUUUCACUACAACACGCAAUUGGAAGCGAUAAGACUCGAUGCUAAUUUCAUCGUAGACAUAAACGGAGUUUUUUCAUCUCUACAAAGUUUGCUGUGGUUGAACCUGUCGGAAAAUCAUUUGGUGUGGUUCGAUUAUGCCUUCAUACCGUUAAAUUUAAAAUGGUUGGACGUUCACGGUAAUUUUAUAGAAAGUUUAGGAAAUUAUUAUAAAAUACAAGAUGAGUUGCACGUGAGAACGUUAGACGCGAGUCAUAAUCGCAUAUCGAGCAUAUCGCCCCUCUCGAUUCCCAACAGCGUCGAAUUAGUUUUUAUAAAUAAUAAUUUCAUAACGAACGUACAUCCGAACACGUUUUACGACAAGUCCAAUUUGGCUCGAGUCGACAUGUACGCGAAUCAAAUAGAAAAAUUAGAUAUAAAUUCUCUGAGAUUGAAACAAGUGCCGGAAAACAAAACACUUCCGGAAUUUUACAUCGGAGGGAAUCCUUUUCACUGCGAUUGCACAAUGGAUUGGUUGGGAAUGAUCAACAACAUGACCCUCCGCCAAUAUCCGAAAGUCAUGGAUUUGGAUAACGUCAUGUGCAGGUUGACGUUUUCGAGAGGAUCGACGCUCGUACCGACGACGGAAACGAAAUCUUCGGAUUUCCUUUGUAAAUACGACACUCAUUGUUUCACACUUUGUCACUGUUGCGAUUACGACGCGUGCGAUUGCGAAAUGACGUGUCCGCAAAAUUGUUCUUGUUACCACGAUCAGUUGUGGACGACGAACAUCGUAGAAUGUUCGAAUAGAAAAUUGAAUGAAAUACCCGUUAGAAUACCCAUGGACGCAAAUGAAGUGUAUUUAGACGGUAAUCAUUUAAAAGAAUUACAAAAUCACGUUUUCAUCGGACGUAAAAACAUGAGAGUUUUAUACGUGAACAACAGUCAUGUUGAAUCGAUACAAAAUCGAACAUUCAACGGUUUGAAUUCUUUACAAAUCCUUCAUUUGGAGGAUAACAACCUUCACGCCUUGAAAGGUUUCGAAUUCGAACACCUUUCCCACCUUCGAGAACUUUAUUUGCAAAAUAAUAAAAUAUCCCACAUAGGUAACAUGACUUUGCUUCCGCUUCGCUCUUUAGAAAUACUACGAUUGGACAACAAUCGUUUGGUUACCUUUCCCGUGUGGCAACUAACGUUAAACACUUAUUUAGUUGAGGUUACCUUAAGCAACAACCAGUGGUCGUGCCGGUGUAAAUUUUUAGUCGAACUACAAACGUGGAUUUCGGAUAACGAACCCAAAGUGACUGACAGUUCGGAAAUUAUGUGCGUCGAUAAUAAUUCCCGGCCUCCUUAUCGUAGAAGUAUUGAUAUUAAUAACACGGCAUGCAGUGAUUACUAUUCCGGAAGUUCGGUCAUUCAAAGUUUGAUGGUAUCGCACUAUUGGCCAAUGGUCAUUGUUACGCUAUCGACUUUCGUACUGAUUCUUUUCGUAAUGAUGCUCGUGUUUAUAUUUAGAGAUUCAUUGAAAGUGUGGGUUUACACGAAAUACGGUGUGAGAAUAUGGAAUUUCAAAGGUGGAAUGGGAAGUUGCGAAGACAGAGAAAAACUUUACGACGGUUACGUAUGUUACAGUCCGAAAGACGAAGAAUUCGUUUUGCAAAGCAUCGUCGCUGAACUCGAACACGGAUCGCCUUCUUUUCAAUUGUGUCUUCACUACAGAGAUCUUCCCCAACCGUCUCCGUACAUGCAAAACACUUCGCCGGUCGUUGUGGAAGCCGCCGAAGCGAGCAGGAGAGUCAUAUUAGUUUUGUCUAGAAAUUUUUUACAGACCGAAUGGUCUCGGUUUGAAUUUCGUCAAGCGUUGCACGAAGCAUUGAAAGGGCGCAUCUUCAAACUUGUACUCGUCGAAGAGGGAAGCAGUUUGCCCGAGGCGGAACUGGAUCCAGAUCUUCGACCGUAUCUCAAAACCGGAGCACGAGUGAGGUGGGGAGAAAAACGGUUUUGGGAGCGGCUUAGAUACGCGAUGCCCAGCGGGGACAAGCAUCACACCAAGAGCACCAACUACCCGGCAAUGGCCGCCGCCAUGAACGACAUGGCUCCACCCGCGUAUUGUGCCAACGUUCCUCCGACAAGCCAAGACGUCGACGAUGCCAAUUAUUCAUCCGCGGCGACGGCUACACCUUCUCCGAAGCCUUCGCACAGGCAUCAAUCAUCGUCAAACGAUCAAAAUUCUAGGCCUAAUUCCGAACACAUAUAUUCAUCAAUAGAUUCGGACUAUUCGACGCUCGAAAGAAAUUCAAACAGGCGGCAAAAUGGAGUUCUACAACGACCGGGAGCUCCCUGGAGGCCGGCAGAUUCCAUAGUCGAUUCAUCGGGCGUACAGGCUUACCUGGUGUGA